CAUAAUCAUCUGUGUUAAGGAACAACGUAGUUUAGUUCGGCACCUGCAUGUAAUACAUGUACUGUAUCUAAUACAGUGAGUUCGACCCUUUUCAUUUCACUUACACAUUCAAGUAAUGUGCAUAAAUGUGACUGAAGAUUGUUGACUCGUGCAGAUGCAGGUCAUUUUGCUUCAGUGCUGGUGAUAGUCUCACACCAUCCAAGAGAUUUAAUCAGUUAGCUUCAUUUUCUCUAUUGAUUCAGUUCCCUUUUGUUUAAUAUACUUUUACAAAUCUAUAAUAUGAAUAUAUCAGAAAUAUUACAAUAAUAGUAGUUCACCGGCAAAUAUGAUCAUUUCUUUUCGGAUAAUGAACUGAGGCCUCAGGGGGCUAUGAUGCAGUGACAUCAAUCAAGACCGAAAGACACAUACAAUGCUAAUGACACGAUCACCAGUCACAUUUAAUUACUUGCGGAAAAAAGUGUUUCAAGAGACUGAAAUACCACAAACGACCAAGAAAUGUCUUCGCAUUUUGUUUUUAUUAAAUUCCCUUCAUCGUGUAUGCUUGACUUUUAAUACAAUAGUGCAAAUGAAUAUGGCUAAUAUUUUCCUCACCAGAAAAACGGUAUCGUUUUAAAAGCAAAUCAUCGCGUUAAUUAAAUGUUAAAUUCGGAAAGGCCUUUUGUAUCAACCAUGCACAUUGCACAACAUUCUUGCUAAACACAGUGGUUAGAUCGCACAAGUUAGAUCUUUCUCACAAAAUCGUAUCACUUUAUUACUUAGUUGAUCUGAAACUGAUGCAAAACCCGACGGAUUCAAAUGUCUGGUGGUUUGUUUCCGUCAGCGCUGUAGUAACAAAAACAAGCAAGCGUUGAUCAGGAUCAUUUGAAAGCGCCGCUUGACCAUAUUUGAAAAUAAAGAUCCACUGAGUCUUGGUAAUAAAAUAAAAUGUAAAAUACCUGUUAUUGCGCAGUGUCGUAAAUUCGGUAUGUUUUGUCUACUACAUUCUCCACACGCAAAAAAGGUCUCCAUUCUGACCACUGACCAGCAGAGUGCACUGUCGACUCGUUUUAUUGACAAACCAUUUCGCACUACACUACAAUUUUAUGUGGAGCUUGAAGCCAAGUAGGACUUGAAUAGAUUUAUCUAAAGAAAAUUGUAAGUGCCUUAAUGUGCCUGAUUAGGAAAUAGGCUAAUGAUAACGCGUAAUACGUCUGUGUGGUUAUUCAUUGAUGACUAGUUCUUUUCUACUUUUGUAAAUACUCGGUGAGCACAUCCUGAUAGUGGCCCGUUAUUCAAACAACGGAUCUUUAGGCGUAAUGGAGGUCUCUAAUGGAUGUGCACCAGUGGCGAACUAAACGCACCACAAUACGUGGUUUCGUGCCUUUUGUCCUCGGGGAUCCCCACGGACAGCACUAAACACCAUCGCGCAUAAGCGAUCUCUGAAACGUGAAGAGUCUCCCGCAAACAUACAAUGACACUUGUUUGUCCUGUGCAACUGGCGGAGAAUUAAGAAAUCAGAAGACUAAAGCGCGCAUGCGCUGACGGACGGGUGGGCUGCUACCCUCAGGAUGAAGGAGGGUUGUCAGGGGAUCACUCUCAGUCUAUUAAUGCCGAAUCCUAACUACGGACUGCUGAUCUAUUGACAGCGUAUGUCUGAACUAUUUGGAUACCAGGUGUUAACUAGUCUUCCUAAAACCUUUAAAAAGUCACGAGUUUGAAAUCUGAAAACUUACCUGAAUGGUUAGAAAAAAAGAUUUCGUGGAAAAAAAACAUUCCGGGAUCGAGUGUAUGGAUUAUAAAUCAAGUCAGUGUUGGUUUCUUCAUAUCUCCGGGGAAGAUAUUUGAGAAGUGUAUUUUCUGGCGACAUGGACAUCCUUUCUUCCGCAGUGGAGGAAAUCCCUUUAGAGUUGGAUUGAUGCAAAGUUUGUCCUGCAGGCUUCUCACGGGAAUAUGGGAUGUUGUAAAUGUAUGAUUUGUUUGCAGCAACGCGCACCUCACGUGGCCUUUAUGAGUUUUAAUAUGUCUUCAUCUUACCAAGUCUGAGACGCAGCUACUGGAAGUUUGGUGACGAACAGUGGAUACUUGACAGGAGCAAUUCUGACAGAUCUAUUGAAUUAACUUCGGAAUUUCUCUGUCCAAUGACAUUUUUCAAGUCGUUAGUUCGGUUCCUUUUUGCCACCUCUUCUCCUUUUCUUAGUUACAUUCGCCGAUUCGAUCACUCAAAAGAUCUAAAACAAAGAGCAAGUAAGUAACGCAGGUUGUGUUUGAAGCGCGCGAGAGAGCAUGCGGGGAUGCACGGGAUUCCCGAUGGCCGUCGCGGUGGUGUUGACUCUUUUAACUAUCAUUAACGUGAAAGCGAGUGGGGAAUAUUGUCACGGUUUCCACGACUCUCAGGGCGCCUGGCGAGACGGCUUUCAGUGCCCGGAGCGCUACGACAGCGCAGGGACCAUCAUCUGCUGCGGGAAAUGCGACCUCCGGUACUGCUGUUCCAGCACAGAAGCCCGACUGGACCAGGGAACAUGUGAUAAUGAUAAGCAGACACAAGAUACCAACACCGGAGAAAAGGACAACAACAAUUCAGGCGCGGUACCCAUCUAUGUGCCCUUCCUCAUCGUUGGCUCAGUCUUUGUGGCGUUUGUAUUGGUGGGCUCUGUGGUUGCAGUGUGCUGCUGUCGCUGUCUACGCCCCAAACAUGAACCUUCUUCAGGCAGCGGGUCAGGAGGUGGGUCCAGCAGUGCCCGUGUUCUAGAGACGAUCCCUAUGAUGGCCAGCACAGGCACAUCGCGAGGUUCCUCCUCCCGCCAGUCAAGCACCGCCACCUCCUCCAGCUCCUCAGCUCCUCCCUCCGCACCCCGCCCCGCACCUGCCCCCAUGCUACGCGCCCAGGCCUCUUGCUGCCUGCCCCCAGAUGCCAGCGUCUAUGUCAACAUGCCCACCAACUUCUCCGUACUGAAUUGCCAACAAGCGACUCAGAUUCUCCCUCACCAGGGGCAGUUCUUGCAUCCUCAGUACAUUGGCUUUGCCCACCCGGUUUCUCAUGCCCCGGCUUUCCUGGAUCCCGCUCAGGUGGGCUACCGACCCUUGCAGUCUCCAUUCCCACCACCCACUAGUGUGGCCAGCGUCUCCAGCAUAACUGGCGAACAAAAAUACCCUCCAGUAACCAUGUGAGUGAGUAUUAUGGGAUGCUGGAACACAGGAGCAUAAUAGCCACAAUGAGCAAUGGUUGGAAAACAGCUGAAAUUGGAAGUCACAAGAGAAACACAAAACAAUGGAUCAGUUCAGAGCAAUGGAGUGUCAUGCCUGCUGGUUGGUGCUCGGUGGAAUGUGUUUUUCGAAAGUAAGCAGAAAACACAUCGUAAACAAAGUUCAGGAGGAGCACGUGCAAAUAAUCUACACAGCCAACUCCUCAUCAGCGAUCACAUCACCCGUCCUAUUAGCUCGAGAGCAAGCUCUAUAAAUACCUCCAUUCUCUCUACAUUUUCACAGCAACCCCGACUCCUCACCAUCAGCCCGUUUCACUGGGGGGAGCGCUCGGAGUUCGGGCCAGAAUACCGACCUUGGAGCCCUCUCCCCGGACAGCGCGCCAAAUACGCACACCAUCCAUCCAGUUUUAUUUAUUUGCUAAGGCGAACUCGUGAAACUGCCUUCACUUUAAAGGCUGAAUAUACACAUGCAUUCUUACCCAAUUGUGUCGUACUACUACACAAAUAAGACCCGGACGUUGUUUCUGUGAUAUAAAGGACACGGCCAACCCCUGACAAUAUUUCAGGGCUGUCAAAGACAUGUGCAAUGUGCCUUGAGACGUGCUGAUGGUAAUGCACUAUGAACGUGUGCUGGUGUAAAUGAAGCGUUUGUGUAUAUGCAGUAUUGUGUAACCAAAGUGAACAUGUGUGCUCUGUGCGUGACUGUAUAGGUGUGUCGCUUUAUGAGAUGCAGUACAUGUGGAUGUGUGUAGUGUUGUAUGUUGUGUGUAAUGGAAAUUACAGGUGCUUUAAUGGGAAAAGCAGUUCUGGCUCCCCGUCGAAUGCUUCAAAUGUAAUGAAGUGAACACAGGCGCACACACUCGCAUACCGGGAAACUCUUUCUGUGGAACCAAACUCAUUUCCAAAAGCCUUAAAGAGAAAAUACACAAAUAUGAAAGAGCUGUGUUUGAAACAUGUUUAGGAAAAGGAUGGGUGUGUGUGAAAGUGGAGUCAACUGUGUUCCUUUGUGUAGCCUUCUAAAAGCGGCAGAGUCCAUUACGCAGGAAAAACUGUCUGCCAACUGUUCUCCUUCACUAAGUCUCUGUGUGUGUGCCACCGGUCCCUCUGUUAGCGUUAGGUACACUCAAGAAGUAGUAGAGGGUUCCAGGACAUUUCAAUUUGGAGUGUUUCUUUCAGCGCCUUAAAAAGACGACAGUUUGGCGAGGAUGAAAAGUCGAGUUCCUCAAAUGAAGCAUGCAUCACCAUUAGAAUGAUCCAGAUCUUUUUUUAUUUUAUUUAGAGUUAAGGUUGCGAUGGAAAGGUAUUAGCUGAGAUGUGUUUCAUGCCACUGAAAUUUUCAUGCCACAAGUGUCACCAAAUAGACUCACGAAAACAGAUGGUCACCUCCCCUCCAAACUUAAGACAUUGGGUGAACCAAUAUUGCUGUGUCUGGCUGGUCGGGAUACACAAACAAACAGUAAUGUUUUGAUAGCGCCAAAGAGCCACACUGUUUACACUUUUCGGGAAAAUCAACAUACAGAUGGCUUAUUUAUAGCUGCAUGUUGAACUGGGAUAGACAAAAAUAUUUAAGCUUUUAAAAAACUACUCACUACAGAUUUGAAUUUCUGUGUAUGAUACAAAUGCGUGGGUACAACCGAAUGUGAGGUUGAAUGUGCCUUUCCCCCUUAAAAACAGGGUGCUUUUACAUAUGAAAUAUAUUAAGUUUAUAAUAAAUGUUUUUAGAAACUGUGAAGUGCGGGGCUUGUUUGUAAGAGAGCGCUGCUGUCAGCAGUAUGUGGGCCAGUCUCAAAUGAAGACAUGCAGGACCUGUUUGCACCACUGCUAUGACUAAAUUAAACCAGAGCGCUCCUG